AUGUCAUUAGAACAACAACAGCAACAUCCUCCCAACCCAAUCAUCAUCGUCGGUGGUGGUCUUGCUGGUCUUUCCGCGGCUCAUCAGGCAUACUUGAGAGGGGCAAACGUAAUCCUCCUCGACAAACAAGGUUUCUUAAGUGGAAACAGUGGUAAGGCCACUUCAGGAAUAAAUGGUGCCUUAACAAGAACCCAAGUGAAAUUAGGUAUUCCUGAUUCAGUUGAACAAUUUUAUCAAGAUACACUUGCUGCUGCUAAAGAUAGGGCCAAUCCUGAAUUAAUUAAAGUAUUGACAUAUAAUUCGGCAGAUGCUAUUCAUUGGUUACAAGAGGUUUUUGAAUUGGAUUUGAGUAUUGUUUCUAGAUUGGGGGGACAAUCUCAGCCUAGAACUCAUAGAGGUCAUGAUUCUAAAUUUCCAGGAAUGGCUAUUACAUAUAGACUUUUGGAAAGGUUAGAGACAUUGAGUGAAACUGAACCUUUUCGAGUUCAAAUAUUAAAGAAUUGUCAAGUUAUUGAUUUGGUGGUUGAUGACAAUGAUGGGUCUAAAAUCUUGGGGGUUAAAUUUAAGAAUCUUCAAGAUAAAUCAAAACAUGAAGUUUUGGGUCCUGUGAUUAUGGCUACUGGUGGUUAUGCUGCUGAUUUCACCAAGAAUAGUUUAUUGAGAAAAUAUCGUCCUGAUAUUAUUGACCUUCCAUCUACAAAUGGAAAUCAUGCCACUGGGGAUGGUCAAAAGAUCAUCAUGAAGAAUCAUGGGGUUGGUAUUGAUUUGGAUAAAGUUCAAGUUCAUCCUACUGGAUUAAUCGACUACAACGAUAAGGACGUGGUUAUGGGUAAAAAGACUCCUAGAUUUUUAUUCUUGGGUGCAGAAGCAUUAAGAGGAGAAGGUGGUAUUAUGCUCAACUCCAAGGGUGAAAGAUUUGUCGAUGAAUUAGGAACCAGAGAUUGGGUUUCUGGAGAAAUGGAAAAACAAUUCAAGGCAGGUAAUGGUCCAAUCCGAUUAAUCUUGAAUGAAACCAGUGAAAAGAAUUUAGAAUUCCAUAUCAAACACUAUACUCAAAGAAACUUGAUGAGAACGGUUUCUGGACGUGAAUUGGCCGACGAAUUAGGUUGUACUGAUGAACAGCUCGCUUCUCAAUUAGACACAUACAAUCGUGCAGCUAGUGGUGAAAUCAAAGAUCCAUACGGAAAGAAAUAUUUCCCAGCUACUCCAUUCAACUAUCGUCCAGAUUCAAAAUAUCAUGUUGCUUUUGUAACUCGUGUCUUGCAUUUCACUAUGGGUGGAGUCAAGAUCAAUGAUCAUUCUCAAGUUGUGCGUGAGAAUGGAUCUCCAUUUGAAGGUUUAUAUGCCGCCGGUGAAGUUGCUGGUGGUGUACAUGGGCACAAUAGAUUAGGUGGAUCUUCAUUAUUGGCUUGUGUGGUAUAUGGAAGAUUAGCUGCCGAUGAAGCAACCAGUCAUGCUUUCCAAAAGUUGAGCUCUGCAGCACCGGUGGCAGCCCCUGUUGAAGCUGCUUCUAAGAGAUUGAAUAUGAUUAGUUUACAUAUUGAUCCAGAAAGCGGUAGAAUUAUCAUUGACCCAAAGGGGCUGGCUUCACCUGAGUCAAUCCCAGCCUCAGCAACUCCAACUUCGACCCCAAUUGCUUAUGCAUCAUCUGCUUCAAGUGUUGCUGCUCCAGCUCCUACCAAAGCAGCAGCUCCAAAACCAUUCAGUAUCCCAGAUCGUGAAUAUACAAUGGAAGAAAUCGCCAAACAUAACAAAGAAAAUGACUGUUGGUGUGUUGUAAAGAAUGUUGUUCUUGAUUUAACAUCAUUCUUAGCUAAUCACCCAGGUGGAAUGGAAUCAAUUGUGAAUUUUGCUGGUAGAGAUGCUACUGAAAGUUAUGCAAUGUUGCAUGAAGAUAAUUUUAUUCCAAAAUAUGUUAGUGGUUCUGUUUUGGGUAGGGUUAAGGGAACUGUUCCUACCUUGGAUUUGUAG